GGCAGUUCGCGCGGGAGCCGGGUGCAGGGUCUCGGGUUCUGCGUGUCGGUAGGAACGGAAGCCGCCGGAAGGUGCGGAGAAAGCCAGGAUGGCGACUCCGAGUAGGAAGACGUCAACCCCAACCCCCGGGGCUUCCAAGCGAGCUCUAUCGAGAGACUCUUCGUCGGAGGUCCCGAGCAAAAGAAAGAAUUCGGCCCCGCAGCCGGCGCUGCUGCCGUCGUCCGGGCCUUUCGUUGAAGGCUCUAUCGUCCGCAUCUCGAUGGAGAACUUCCUAACAUAUGAUAUUUGUGAAGUAUCUCCUGGACCCCACUUGAAUAUGAUCAUUGGAGCUAAUGGAACAGGGAAAUCAAGCAUCGUCUGUGCCAUUUGCCUUGGAUUAGCAGGCAAGCCUGCUUUUAUGGGACGAGCAGAUAAGGUUGGGUUUUUUGUGAAGAGAGGAUGUUCCAAAGGCAUGGUUGAAAUUGAAUUAUUCAGGGCUUCUGGAAAUCUCAUAAUCACCCGUGAGAUUGAUGUGGCAAAAAAUCAAUCCUUUUGGUUCAUCAACAAAAAAUCCACAACCCAGAAAGUAGUGGAAGAGCAAGUUGCAGCCUUAAAUAUUCAAGUGGGCAAUCUUUGCCAGUUUCUACCUCAGGACAAAGUUGGAGAAUUUGCUAAACUCAGUAAAAUUGAGCUCCUCGAAGCUACUGAGAAGUCAGUUGGUCCUCCAGAAAUGCAUAGGUAUCACUGUGAACUCAAAAACUACAGGGAGAAAGAAAAGCAACUAGAGACCUCAUGCAAAGAGAAAACUGAGUAUCUAGAGAAAAUGGUUCAGAGAAAUGAAAGGUACAAACAAGAUGUGGAGAGAUUCUAUGAACGUAAGCGACAUUUAGAUUUAAUUGAGAUGCUUGAAGCAAAAAGGCCAUGGGUGGAAUAUGAAAAUGUUCGUCAGGAGUAUGAAGAAGUAAAACUAGCCCGUGACCGAGCGAAGGAAGAGGUGAGAAAACUUAAAGAAGGGCAGAUUCCUGUGACUCGUCGAAUUGAAGAAAUUGAAGACCAGCGUCACAGUUUGGAGGCUCAAAUAAAAGAAAAGGCAGCAGAUAUUAAGGAGACAUCUCAGAAAUGCAAACAAAAGCAAGAUGUUAUAGAAAGGAAAGAUAAACAUAUUGAGGAACUUCAGCAGGCUUUAAUAGUAAAGCAAAAUGAAGAGCAUGACCGACAGAGGAGAAUAAGUAAUACCCGCAAAAUGAUAGAGUAUUUACAAAAUGAACUAAAGACAGCAGAAAACUGUGAGAAUCUUCAGCCCCAGAUUGAUGCCAUUACAAAUGAUCUGAGACGAGUUCAAGAUGAAAAGGCAUUAUGUGAAGGCGAGAUAAUCGAUAAACGAAGAGAGAGGGAGACUCUAGAGAAGGAGAAAAAGAGUGUGGAUGAUCAUAUUAUACGUUUUGACAGUCUGAUGAAUCAAAAGGAAGAUAAGUUGAGACAGAGAUUCCGUGACACAUAUGAUGCUGUUUUAUGGCUGAGAAAUAACAGAGACAAGUUUAAGCGAAGAGUCUGUGAGCCUAUAAUGCUCACGAUCAAUAUGAAAGAUAAUAAAAAUGCCAAAUACAUUGAAAAUCAUAUUCCAUCAAAUGACUUGAGAGCCUUUGUAUUUGAAAGUAAAGAAGAUAUGGAAGUUUUCCUCAAAGAGGUUCGUGACAAUAAAAAAUUGAGAGUAAAUGCUGUUACUGCUCCACAGAGUUCAUAUGCAGACAAAGCACCUUCAAGAUCUCUGAAUGAGCUAAAAAAAUAUGGAUUUUUCUCUUAUUUGAGAGAAUUAUUCGAUGCACCCGAUCCUGUAAUGAGUUACCUUUGCUCUCAGUAUCAUAUUCAUGAAGUUCCUGUAGGAACUGAAAGAACCAGAGAAAGAAUUGAACGAGUAAUACAAGAAACCCGAUUAAAACAGAUUUAUACAGCAGAAGAAAAGUAUGUGGUAAAAACUUCUUUUUAUUCAAACAAAGUUAUUUCUAGUAACACCUCUCUAAAAGUUGCCCAGUUUCUCACAGUUACUGUGGACCUAGAGCAAAGAAGACACUUGGAAGAACAGCUAAAGGAAAUAAACAGAAAAUUGCAAGCAGUGGAAUCAGGGUUGAUUGCCUUACGUGAGACAAGCAAACAUCUAGAACACAAAGACAAUGAACUUAGACAAAGGAAGAAGGAGCUUCUUGAGAGAAAAACCAAGAAACGACAAUUGGAACAAAAAAUUAGUUCCAAACUAGGAAGUUUAAAGCUGAUGGAACAGGAUACUUGCAACCUUGAAGAAGAAGAACGAAAAGCAAGUACUAAAAUCAGAGAAAUAAAUGUUCAAAAAGCCAAACUUGUUACUGAAUUAACAAACUUAAUAAAGAUUUGUACUUCUUUGCAUAUACAAAAAGUAGAUUUAAUUCUUCAAAAUACUACAGUUAUCUCUGAGAAGAACAAAUUAGAAUCAGAUUACAUGGCGGCAUCUUCACAACUACGUCUCACAGAGCAACAUUUCAUUGAGUUGGAUGAAAAUAGACAGAGAUUAUUGCAGAAAUGCAAGGAACUCAUGAAGAGAGCGAGGCAAGUAUGUAACCUGGGUGCAGAGCAGACUGUUCCUCAAGAAUAUCAGACACAAGUACCCACCAUUCCAAAUGGACACAACUCCUCACCCCCCAUGGCUUUCCAAGAUCUUCCAAACACAUUGGAUGAAAUUGAUGCUUUGCUAACUGAAGAAAGAUCAAGAGCUUCCUGCUUCACAGGACUGAAUCCUACAGUUGUUGUGGAAUAUACAAGAAGAGAAGAGGAAAUAGAGCAGUUAACUGAGGAACUAAAGGGAAAGAAAGUUGAACUAGACAAAUACAGAGAAAACAUUUCACAGGUAAAAGAAAGGUGGCUUAAUCCUUUAAAAGAGCUAGUAGAAAAAAUUAAUGAAAAAUUCAGCAACUUUUUUAGUUCCAUGCAGUGUGCUGGUGAAGUUGACCUCCAUACAGAAAAUGAGGAAGAUUAUGAUAAGUACGGAAUUAGAAUAAGAGUCAAGUUUCGCAGUAGUACUCAACUGCAUGAAUUAACUCCUCAUCAUCAGAGUGGAGGUGAAAGGAGUGUUUCUACCAUGUUAUACUUGAUGGCACUUCAGGAGCUUAAUAGAUGUCCAUUCAGAGUAGUUGAUGAAAUCAAUCAGGGAAUGGACCCAAUUAAUGAACGGAGAGUGUUUGAAAUGGUUGUAAAUACUGCCUGUAAAGAAAACACAUCUCAGUACUUUUUCAUUACACCAAAGCUCCUACAAAAUCUUCCUUAUUCCGAAAAGAUGACAGUAUUGUUUGUCUACAAUGGUCCUCAUAUGCUGGAACCAAACAGAUGGAAUUUAAAGGCUUUCCAAAGGCGGCGGCGCCGUAUUACAUUCACUCAGCCUUCUCAGUAAAAGUAAAGAGAAGGAAUUUGGGAAUUACUCUGUUAAAUUCUGUUUAUCAAUAUGUUUCGACUGAAUAAAAGUAAGAAGAUUCA